AUGCUAAAACGAGCGUUAUUUGUUUUGUUCUUUUAUUUCAUUUUUCUCGCAAAAGCUGAUGACGAAGUGAAAAUUGACAAUUCAUCAGGUAAACCUGCCCAGAUUAAAGAGCAGCAAAUGGUUUAUUCAAAAGACGAAGCACACGACGAGAGAAUCAGAUAUUUUCUCUGUGGAGCAGCAUUUUCUUCUAUUGUCUUCAUUGCAUUUUGCUGUGGAAGAAAUUGCCCGAAAUUGGAAGGAUCAACCGGCACAGACGAGUAUCAACCGGCA